GGUGGCGCGGUGGUAGGUGCCGUCAGUGCCGGCUGACACCGCGACCCGGCUGGCCGUCGCUACUCCUCCUCAGAGGUGUCAUACGUGCGUUGUGCAAGCCCGACAUGUUGACCACCACAGUACUCCUGUUGGCGCUGCACUUCGUCGCUGCAGACCUACCGCCAUACAUCAAAGUAUGCAACCGGAAUGACCCCAGCGUGGACAAGUGUAUCAUGAACUCGGUUGAGGAGCUGCGACCGAAGAUCACUAAGGGUAUCCCGGAGCUGGACGUGCCGGGCAUCGAGCCGCUGAGCCUGGGCCAGAUCGCCCUCGCCCGCGGCCCGCAGGGCGCCAAGCUGACGGCUGUCGUCAACAACGUCACUGUCCGUGGCUCCAGCAACUUCAUACUCCAGGAGUUACAGUCUGAUCUGGACAAGAACCGGUUCGACUUCAAGCUGCUGCUGCCCAAGUUGGAGUUCAGCGGCAAGUACAAGAUGGACAUCCAGGUGUUACUACUGCGGCUGCAGGGCCGCGGGAACAUCACCGGCACCUUCAAGGACUACGCGUGUAACGUGACGAUGAGAGGGCACAAAGAGAAGCGCGGUGAGGACGAGUACCUGCAGUUCGACCCGUUCAAGGUGAAGUUGCGUGUGGGCCAGUCCUCCAUUUACCUCACCAACCUGUUCGACGGCGACCCAGUGCUGGGCCCCGCCACCAACCGCGUCAUCAACGAAAACUCCAACGUAUUCCUCGAGGAAAUAAGACCGGUCCUAGAACGCAGCCUAGCGGAACUCUUCACGGAAAUGGCCAACAAAAUCACCUCCAAAUUUACAUACAAGGAACUGUUCCCAACGAAAGAGGUGGAAAAAACAAAGAAACAAUAAGUGAUGUUUUUGUAUUAAUAAUGUGUCGGUUAGACUAAGCUAUGGUUAAGUAAAUUUUGCGAAUGUGAUAAAUUGUCGCGGAUGUUAGUUUGUAAAAUGUACAUAUAUGCAUAAGAUAUAAAAGAUACAGGUUCAAAUGAAGUACGGUGAUAAUAAGGAUUGUCAGUGUAAUAAUUUGAUACAGACGUUUUUAUACCAAAUUGUGUGCAAUUUUUUUUUAUAUUUUGUACACCUCUUCGUUAUACUGUCACCUCCAAGAAUAAGAAAAGUUUUUUUUUUAUAUACAAACAUUUGUAAACCUUUGAAGUCGCUCCCCGAAUACACCCCGGACACUUCAUACAAGAAAUUCACUCUUACCGUGAACUGCCUAACGUGUAAGUGCGAGCGUAGAAUGCACUCCUUAACAGAGUGCCAUUUAAUACUAAGGGAAGAUCCAGGGGUGAGGUCGACGCCUGAUAUGAUUUGGCGCGGGGCGGAGAGAUACCAUUCUAUACGUAGUAUUAUUCUUUAUUUUAUGCCCAUAGAGUUCUGAAGAUUCUGCAGAAUAUAAUUCCUUAACGCAUAUAACUUUUGUAAGUUAUGUUACGAUAAGAUUGACUCACACAAAAAUGACUUAAGCUUUGUACUUCAAACAAUGGUAUAUUUUUGGAGGUGGCUGUGUUUUGAAUGUAUUUUUGGAGUUUUAUAAUAAUUAUUGUCUUAUCUGGAAACUUGGAAUAAAUGAAUAAAAUAAAUGUUUUAAUUCUUUUAA